AUGACAACUUCUCACAUGAAUGGACAUAUCACAGAAGAUUCUGAUAAUGAAUCAAAAAAUGUGGAUCUUGCAUCUCCUGAGGAACCUCAGAAGCACAGAGAAAUGGCUGUUGAUUGCCCUGGGGAUUUGGGCUCCAGGAUGAUGCCCAUGCGACGAAGUGCUCAACUUGAGCGAAUCCGUCAGCAGCAGGAGGACAUAAGGCGCAGACGGGAAGAAGAGGGAAAGAAACAAGAGCUGGACCUUACUGCUUCCAUGAGGCUAAAGAAACUAGCACAAAUUCCUCCUAAAACUGGAAUAGAUAAUCCAAUAUUUGACACAGAAGAAGGAAUUGUUUUGGAGAGUCCUCAUUAUACUGUGAAGACACUUGAGGUGGAAGAACUGUUAACUUCUCUUAAGCAUAUCCAGCACGUUUUGGUAGACCCUCAGAGCCAAGAGGAUAUCUCUCUCAUUUUACAGCUUGUUCAAAAUAGUGAUUUUCAGAAUGCAUUUAAGAUACACAAUGCUGUUACAGUGCACAUGAACAAAGCCAGCCCUCCGUAUCCUCUCAUCUCCAAUGCACAAGAACUAGCACAAGAGGUACAGACUGUUUUGAAACCCAGUCACCAAAAGGAUGGGCAGGAGCUUAAUGCUUUGCUGAAUGCCCCUCACAUGCAGGCACUACUGCUGGCUCAUGAUAAGGUUGCAGAACAAGAGAUGCAACCUGAGCCUGUGACAGAUGAAAGAAUUUAUGAGAAUGUUGGUGUGUAUGGAGGGGAGACAGUUAAAAUAGUUCGCAUCGAGAAGGCUCGGGAUAUUCCGUUGGGUGCUACUGUUCGCAAUGAAAUGGAUUCUGUUAUCAUUAGUCGGAUAGUGAAAGGAGGUGCUGCAGAGAAGAGUGGGCUGUUACACGAAGGGGAUGAAGUUCUGGAGAUUAAUGGCAUUGAGAUUCGUGGAAAAGAUGUUAAUGAAGUUUUUGACUUGUUGGCUGACAUGCACGGUACCCUGACCUUCGUAUUGAUUCCCAGUCAGCAGAGCAAGCCACCUCCCGCGAAGGAGACAGUUAUACAUGUGAAGGCACAUUUUGACUACGAUCCCUCUGAUGACCCUUAUGUCCCCUGCCGAGAGUUAGGACUCUCUUUUCAGAAAGGAGAUAUACUCCAUGUGAUCAGCCAAGAGGAUCCAAACUGGUGGCAGGCUUACAGAGAUGGUGAUGAAGAUAAUCAGCCAUUGGCUGGCCUUAUUCCUGGAAAAAGUUUUCAGCAACAAAGAGAAGCAAUGAAGCAAACCAUAGAAGAAGACAAGGAGCCUGAAAAAUCAGGAAAACUCUGGUGUGCAAAGAAAAACAAAAAGAAACGGAAAAAGGUUUUAUACAAUGCAAACAAAAAUGAUGAUUAUGACAAUGAGGAAAUUUUGACCUAUGAGGAAAUGUCGCUGUAUCAUCAACCAGCAAAUAGGAAGCGGCCUAUUGUUCUGAUCGGCCCCCAGAACUGCGGCCAGAACGAGCUGCGGCAGCGACUCAUGAACAAUGAAGUGGAACGCUUCGCCUCUGCUGUUCCCCAUACUACUCGGAGCAGGCGAGAGACUGAAGUAGCUGGCAGGGAUUACCAUUUCAUUUCUCGACAGGCAUUUGAGACUGACAUAGCUGCUGGGAAGUUCAUUGAAUAUGGAGAGUUUGAAAAGAACCUCUAUGGUACUAGCAUAGACUCCGUGCGGCAAGUCAUCAACUCUGGCAAGAUAUGCCUUUUAAAUCUCCAUACCCAGUCACUGAAGACACUACGAAAUUCUGACUUGAAGCCAUACAUUAUAUUUGUUGCACCACCUUCACAAGAGAGGUUACGUGCUUUAUUGGCCAAAGAAGGGAAAAACCCAAAGCCAGAAGAGCUGAGAGAUAUCAUAGAGAAGACAAGGGAGAUGGAACAGAACAACGGCCACUACUUUGAUACAGCAAUUGUGAAUUCUGAUCUUGAUAAAGCAUAUCAAGAGUUACUUCGGCUAAUUAACAAACUUGACACAGAACCCCAGUGGGUACCCUCUACUUGGCUACGAUGAGAGCGCAGUUCCAAGCGACAAAUGGACUUCAGUCUAGUGAUUUUUCCAAGGAGAUUGUGUGUAGGUCUGCCCAGUUCUAGCGUGAAUGCGUGCGAGCUCUAGACCUCAGUGGCUGCAU